AUGGCGCAGGAGGUGUCGGAAUACCUGAGCCAGAACCCGCGGGUGGCUGCCUGGGUGGAGGCGCUGCGCUGCGACGGCGAGACCGAGAAACACUGGCGCCACCGCCGAGAGUUCCUGCUCCGCAACGCCGGGGACCUGGCUCCCGCCGGCGGCGCUGCCUCCGCUCCUCGGGAGGAGGCCGCAGACGCCGAGAGCGGGACCCGCAAGCGGCAGCUGCAGCAGCUCAUCUCCUUUUCCAUGGCCUGGGCCAACCACGUUUUCCUCGGGUGCCGGUACCCUCAAAAAGUUAUGGAUAAAAUACUUAGUAUGGCUGAAGGCAUCAAAGUGACAGAUGCUCCAAUCCAUACCACAAGAGACGAACUGGUUGCCAAGGUGAAGAAAAGAGGGAUAUCGAGUAGCAAUGAAGGGGUAGAAGAGCCAGCCAAAAAACGAUCCAUAGAAGGGAAAAACAAUUCUGCAGUUGAGCAAGAUUGUCUGAAAAUUCCCGCUAAAACAUCAGCUCAGCAGGAGAGCAGCUCAGCCUGUUCGGGUUCCUCUUCCAAAUCAGAGAGUAGUGGGAACUCAGCUCGGAGCUCCAGCACCCCCAGUCAGAAUAGCAGCGCCACAAGUGAUGGAGAGCGCGCGGUUGUCAGCCAGAGCAGCGGCAGCACUGCCUCUCAGGUGACAACAGUAGGGUCUGGCAAAGCUUCUGAACCAGAAGUUCCAGAUAAACAUGGUUCGGCAUCAUAUGUUUCUUCAUUGUUGAAAUCCAGUGUGAAUAGUCAUGUAACCCAGUCUACUGAUUCCAGACAACAAAGUGGAUCGCCGAAAAAGAGUGCUUUGGAAGGCUCGUCCGCCUCAGCCUCUCAGAGCGUCUCAGAGAUUGAGGUACCCUUGUUGGGCUCCUCAGGAAGCUCAGAAGUAGAGCUGCCACUGCUGUCUUCUAAACCUAGUUCAGAGACAGCUUCCAGCGGGUUAACUUCUAAAGCCAGUUCAGAGGCAAGUGUUUCAUCAUCGGUUUCUAAAAACAGUUCAUCAUCAGGCACAUCUUCACUAACCCCCAAGAGCAGCACCUCAGUGAACACAAUGCUGACUUCUAAAAGUGCUUCGCAGGUAGCUGUGUCACUGUUAGCUUCCAAGAACAGCUCUCACACCAGCAGCUCUCUGGUCUCCAAAAACACUGCCAUAGCAAGUGUGUCCCAGCUGGCUUCUAAGAGUAGUACUCAGAUCAGCACGGCACAGCUGCCUUCCAAAAGUACUUCGCAGUCUAGUGAAAGUUCUGUCAAGUUCUCUUGUUGCAAGUUAACCAACGAAGAUGUGAAACAGAAACAACCUUUUUUCAAUAGACUGUAUAAAACAGUGGCAUGGAAGUUGGUGGCUGUUGGUGGCUUUAGUCCCAACGUGAAUCAUGGCGAGCUCUUAAACGCAGCUGUCGAGGCUCUGAAAGCCACACUGGAUGUGUUUUUUGUCCCACUAAAAGAACUGGCAGAUCUGCCUCAAAACAAGAGUUCUCAAGAAAGUAUUGUUUGUGAAUUGAGAUGUAAGUCUGUGUAUUUGGGCACUGGCUGUGGAAAAAGCAAAGAAAAUGCUAAAGCAGUUGCAUCAAGAGAAGCCUUGAAGUUAUUUCUCAAGAAAAAGGUAGUGGUAAAAAUAUGUAAAAGGAAAUACAGAGGCAGUGAAAUAGAAGACUUAGUACUCCUCGAUGAAGAAUCAAGGCCUGUAAACUUGCCUCCAGCAUUAAAACAUCCUCAAGAAUUACUGUAA